UUUUCGCUUUUACCUUUAAUACUUCACUAUUACCUAUUACACACCUUUUUCCAACUUUGCGCCCUCUCGAUUUAGCUACUAUUCAUAUGCUGCAACUAUAUAUCAGCCUUAUAUACCGCAACGUUGAACUACUAACCCGCCCCAGUUGAGCCAGCUACCUUGGUUUACUGUCGGUAAUCGAUAAAUAAAUACCAAUGGUCAAUUAUUAAUCGCGGGUGGGAGGAAUCAUAGUUGAACUCGAGUCUUCGAGGGGCCCUGAACUCACCGAGCGACGAGACAUACGAGACGCACGAGAUACGAAGCAACCAUGUCGAAUAACGAUCAGUCUGUUCGGAGGCUGUUGCCUCAGAAUUCUAACUCAUCAUUGAGCUCGUUUUCAUUUGGGCCGCAAACCUAUCAACCUCCUAGAGAGACUCAAAAAAACUAUGUAUUCGUAGACGAGCACAACCGGCAUAAGCGGCUGAAGGUGAUGAGGGCAUGCGAGGGUUGUAGAAGAAGGAAAAUUAAAUGCGAUGCUGCGACGACGAAUACUUGGCCCUGUUCAGCUUGUAUCCGACUUAAGCUUCAUUGCGUACGGCCCAAUGGCCAAUACGAGGGAUCGCAAUCCGACUCGCAAUCUUACGAAGCUACACCGUCCGAUUAUGAAGUCGCAUCCAGCCAAAAUACCUUCAGACACAUGCCCAUGCAACAACAACCGUCUCAGUCCAUGAUGUCUAGCCAACCCAAGGCAAACCUGUACCCGACGCCUGGUCCAUAUCCUGACCACCAGAAUGUAUACUCAUCUAUGACAUAUGGAGAUCCGCCAGCGCCGCCGCAUCAACUCCAAUAUUCCGCAAUGCCGCAAGUGGGGGCCAUGGAUCAGUCGUAUGCUCCCGCCAGUGUGUUCCCGACUCCGCCGAUGCACCACCACUCAGCGCAUUCUGAGUCUUCUCCUGAGUCUUACAGCCAGGAUCAGUACGGGCAACCGGACCUUGCUGACAUCUUGGGCUCUCUCAAAGUUGACGAAGCGGGAACAGCCCCAUACUUAAACAAGAAAAUGGCGUUUGGGGACGAGGAAGAGGAACCUGCAGUUGAGGACGCGGACGAUUACAAGGCCAUUCUACCGCCUAUUCCUUCAGGGCCCGGAUUAAAGAUACGAAUACCACCAGAACUAAUGCCAGAUGAUGGAACUAUCCUCCAUUACUUUGAUCUCUACUUCACCAACGUCCACCCCUACGUUCCUGUGUUAAAUAAAAGUCAACUAUACCAGCAGUGGCACACAAAUAGGGAAUCGAUCUCGCCUUUGUUACUGGAAGCAAUUUUCGCCGUGGCCGGCCGACUCGACGACGACCCGGCUCAAGGACAGCAAUGGAUUGCUCUGGCGUCGAAACAUGCUGAUUCUUUUAUGGAUGUGCCACGGUUGAGCACCUUGCAAGCGCUUCUAAUUAUCCUGAAGGCGAGGGAGGCUUCACCAAAGCGUGGCUACUAUUACCGAUCCUGGAUGUCAAUUGUGCAUUGUGUUGCCAUGGCCAAAGACCUAGGGCUUGAUGAGCAUCUUGAAGAUCAUAGGGCCGGAAAAUCUUGCGGCUCUUCUCCCAUGGAGUGUUUUACUAAGAGUCGAAUAUGGCAAACGAUUUUUACAUGCGAGACAAUGAUAGCCGCACCUCAAGGGCGGCAAGAUCUUUCCGCGGAUCCCGAGUCGGUGGACUUCAACGUCCCGAGACCUUUACCUGGUUGCGAUGAGAGCGAGUACCAUGCCAGUCGGAAUUUCACGUACCUGGCCCGCAUCGCUCGGAACCUCAACCGGAUGAACGCGGUAUAUGCGAGGAUAAAGAAGAAGAAGGAUUGGGGAAUUGACCCUGAAUUAGUGCAGCUUAACCCGACGAUUUCGGGCUGGGUGAAUGAUCUACCAGCUGAUCUGCGUAUAAGUUUCCCGGCGGAUGGAUCACCGCCUUGGCUCCCGUCGCAUUUUAUUGGGAAUAUGCAUUCGUACUAUUACUUGAGCAUAAUCAUCCUUCACCGACCACAGUUGUCUUUCCUCGAACCGAUGGGUGUAGACGGGCAGUGGAAAUCACACAUGGUUCUAUGCUAUUCGGCAGCAAAGUCCCUGUGCCGAAUCGAAGAGUCGAUGCUACAGUCCUACGGCCUGAGUGGACUUCAAUGCAUGCAACGAGGCAUCAGUUUCACCAUUUAUGCUAUUCUGUCUUGCAUCGUCCUUUACCUUGUGGCGUUAACUUCCCCUGACCCGGAACUCAAUAGCGAUGCCCGAGAUUACUUCACACGACAUAUGAGAAUUUUGGAGAAAACAAUGCACUCUUGGCCGUUGCCGGAGAUGGUGAAACAAAUCAAUGCUCUGCGAGAGGCUUUCUCUGCUGAUACUAGGAAACCGUUCGUAUUAAAACCAAGCUUCCCAUACGGGAGUCCCCAUCCUAGCAGCCAUUCGAGCCCACCUACCGCCAACACCUACAAGCUCCAGUCGAGCCCGAUGGACCCUAGCAUGGACCCACACACUGGUCACCAUUCGCAAGUUAGUUAUGCCAACCAUCCUAUAACACCUAUCUCUGUUGGUUCCGCGGACACCAAGAGUGACUCUCCUUCUGCGCAGUCGCUCUCCUUGAUGACUCCUGGCCAAAGUGCGCAGGCAUCAACCCUUUCAAGCGGGAUGACAUUGGGAGACCAUUCCACCUGGAAUCCCACACGGUUAUUUGAUCAAUGGAAUACGACUUUCGGUGCCCCCGAAGUCCCAACGGCUCAGGAGAUCCAAAUCGCAACUGGGUCGAUGCCAGCCGUGACACAACCGUUAGCGCAUCAAUACUCAACUCCUCCUGUCCAAACAUUUGUGACGCCUGCUAUGUGGCAAGAGUCUGUUGCUAGCGUGUACGAGGGCGGCUUGAAGCGGCAUUGGGAUUACGACAACGGUACCUCGAUCGAUACGAUGCAUAAGCGUCGUUAGACUACAUAUGUAGCUAUGCUUUACUGAUGAGCAUUGAUUUAGAUCCACAGUCUCUCUUAUUGGCCAGCAUGAGUAAAAGGAUCUCAUAACUAGCGACAUUUGGAUGAAGAAACAGAUCGGCGAUGUCAUACGCCCUACAGCAAUAUGUCGCCUACAUUUCCACCAGCUUACUCAUAUAUUAUUUACCAUAUAUAUAUUCCAUCUAUCUUAUCCAUCGCAUGUAUAAAAAGAGGGUAUAAGCCUGUAUUGGCAGGCACAAAUACGACGACAGGGAUAAGAAGGGAGGGAAAAUGAAGGGAAAAAAAGGGGGGG